AUGGCUUCGCUGUUUGCUCUUCUUCUAUUUCUUUUUCAAGCUGUCGACCUAGAAGGUUUGACUAGCUGGCCAGGUGGAAAAUAUGGUAUGUUAAAACCCACAACUGGCUGUCCUGAAGAAUGGACCAAAAAAAAUUGGAAAUACACUAAAGUGAUAAACUGGCGCUACCGGAAUUGGUACUACAUGUACAUGGGAUGGACAGACAAAGGAUAUGUCUUACAAGAGACAAAAGCAAAUUAUCCAAACAAUACCAGUUCAGAUAUCUUACAUAUCCAAGGACAUGUUGGCCCAAACUCCGUCUUGAGGUACUUUUGCGUUAAAAGAACUUAUGUGAACUGGUUAUCCCCGAUAGAAUGGCCACAAGGACGAUACUGUAUCCACCAAAAUGGAAAUCAUCACAGUGUGCCAAGGGGAAUUAUCUAUAUGCUGUAUGAUACAGACGAUAACAACAACCACGUAACCCAAUACGUUGAUGACUUCAUUGGAUAUUGGGGAAAUAGCAUCAAAAUGUGGUUUUCAUGUCAAACAAGUGGUGACAAAAAAAUUCCAAUCUCGUUACCGAUAACCAAACCCUUUUAUCUGCUGCCUUAUGGGUCACGUGACUGUCAACAAGUCAAAUGGAUGGUAGCAACAACUGAAAGGAUCAAGUACCACACACGGAACUACAAAGGCCAUAAACAGAACGGUUUUGGGUAUGAAACAGUACCAUAUCAUGAAAUCGGUGACAUUAAUGACAAAGGAAUCACCAUGUAUUACUGCUAUUACAAAAGUUGCAACUACACUCUGACAGACAAGAAAGGUGUUUUCCAGUCCCCUCGCUUUCCUGGUAAAUACCCGGAUGGACAGCUGUGCUCGUGGAGGAUCAUAGUCCCUGAUAAUCACACUCUACUUGUUCGCUUCACUAACUUCUCUUUGCAUGAAAGUGCAAAACCAGACAAUUUAACAUUUUUAACAUUUGUCGAUGGUAGUUUCCAUUUAAAUGACACCUUUCAUGGUCAUCACAAUCAACCAUUCACCAUUACGGCGACUAAUGAUGUCCUUUUUGAGUUUCUUACAAAUGAAGAGGGACACAGCACUGGAUUCAGGGCAGAGUACACUGUAUUCAAAACACCCGAAACAACACCAUCCUCGCCACCAUCCACGACAAGAAAUAUCAGCCAACACACAACUCUGAGUACAAACACUUUGACAGGACUUCCAACAACAAAAAUACCCACAACAGAAACUGGAAGCGAUAAUAAUAAUAGCAAAGCUGACAACUUAAAACCUCCAGAAACUACACCUUCCCCACCAUCCACAACAAGAAAUAUCGGCCAACACACAACUCUGAAUACAAACACAGGAGUUCUAAAUACAACAAAAAUACCCACAACAGAAACUGGAAACGAUACUAAUAAUAGCAACGCUGACACCUUAAAACCUCCAGAAACUACACCUUCCCCACCAUCCACAACAGGAAAUAUCGGCCAACACACAACUCUGAAUACAAACACUGUGACAGGAGUUCCAACAACAAAAAUACCCACAACAGAAACUGGAAACGAUACU